AAUAUUUCAUGUGAGAACAUCAAAUCUUCAAUAUUGCGACACCAUCGUGAUCCGCAAUCAUGAAGAUAAAGGCCUUAACUCGUUCAGUUGCGGCCUACCAGCCGCCUGGGUCCGACGUUCCCAAGGCCCCUCGUAAUCUAGACCCAGCGAUUCAUCCAUUCGAAAGAGCACGAGAGUAUACGCGCGCUCUCAAUGCCGUGAAAUUAGAACGUAUGUUCGCGCAGCCAUUCAUUGCGCAACUCGGAAACGGUCAUGUCGAUGGCGUUUAUUCUCUAGCGAAGGAUCCCAAUUCCCUCGACAGAUUUGCAUCCGGCUCGGGCGAUGGUGUCGUAAAGUGCUGGAGCUUAACUAGCCGGGAUCAGGUCUGGAAAACGACAGCUCAUGAGAAUAUCGUUAAGGGAAUGGCAUGGACAACCGACCAAAAGCUCCUCACGUGUGCGUCCGAUAGAUCGAUCAAGAUACACGACCCGUACAAUACUCGCGAUGAUUCACCACCUUUACAUUCUUGGCUCGGAACGAACGCCUAUACAAGCCUAAGUGUGCACAGGUCGAAGAAUGCCUUCGCCGCGGCCUCUGACGUUAUAUCCAUUUACGAUCUCGAUCGCUAUACAGCUGCACCAGAAGUUCUUCGCUGGCCGUCGUCUGGUGAAACAAUUACUUCAGUAUCUUUCAACCAGAGCGAAACUUCCGUGCUCGCAUCUUGCUCUACAGAUCGAUCGAUUAUCCUAUAUGACCUCCGAACAUCUUCUCCACUCGCACGUACGUACCUCAACUUCAGCUGCAAUAAGUUGUCUUGGAACCCUGUGGAGCCAAUGAACUUUGCUGCGGCGAGCGAAGACCACAACGUGUAUAUAUUUGAUAUGCGCAAAUUCGACCGAGCGCUCAACAUCCUCAAAGAUCACGUGGCCGCCGUCAUGGAUGUGGAAUUCUCACCUACCGGACAGGAGCUCGUGACAGCUUCCUACGAUCGUACAAUUAGACUAUUCAGCCGAGAUGGAGGACAUUCUCGGGAUGUGUACCACACAAAGCGAAUGCAGAGAGUUUUCUGCUCACGAUGGACCCCAGACUCUAAGUACUUAUUAAGCGGAUCGGACGACGGAAAUAUUCGUCUUUGGAGGGCCAAUGCUUCCCAACGAGAAGGUAUCAAGUCUGCGCGACAGCGACAGGCACUCGAAUACAACGAAGCAUUAUCCGAGAGAUAUAGCCACAUGCCUGAGAUCAGGCGCAUCAAGCGCCACAGGCAUCUUCCCAAGGUUGUAAAGAAGGCUGGUGAGAUCAAGAAGGAAGAGCUCAAGGCUAUCAAGCGACGAGAAGAGAACGAGAGGAAGCAUACCAAGAAGCAAUUCGAGAAGAGGAAGAGCGAACGAGACAAGGUUAUCCUGGCAAGGGAAAAGUAAUUCUAUGUUUGAUGAUAUCCCGAAGGAGUUGGCCGUCUAGAACAUUCAUGAGUUGCAUUUAUAAGGCGUUAAGGGAAUGGGAAAAUUCAGAUACCACGCAAGACUUCGGUAGUCUAUAUCUACAAUCUCAUGAGAUUGGAUGGCUGUUAAGGAAAUAAAGCUCUGUCUUAGUCGAAGUUGUCCGAAAUGGUUGAAAUAGUUGUGACGAUAAUCAGAUGAAAAUGAUUACAAGGAUACCCAACUACAUCUAAAAGCGCUUAGGGUAAGCCUUAACGGGCAACCCUGCUAGAUCGGUAGCUACCGAUUGGUUGAAUUUGGUAGGAACCUGC